UCUGGCUGUCUUCAUGUCACCUUGUGGGAAUUGGAGCUCAGAAAACCUGCACAAAAAUGGCAAUACUCUGGCUACUACUUUUGAUGAGUAUCAUCAUGGGGUCUACUGCUACAGACAUUGAAGAAUUGGAGAACACCACUUUUAAGUAUCUCAUAGGAGAACAGACUGAAAAAAUGUGGCAACGCCUGAAAGGAAUACUAAGAUGCUUAGUGAAGCAGCUGGAAAAAGGUGAUGUUAACGUCGUAGACUUGAAGAAGAAUAUUGAAUAUGCAGCAUCUGUGUUGGAAGCAGUUUAUAUCGAUGAAACAAGAAGACUGCUGGAUACCGAAGAUGAGCUCAGUGACAUUCAGUCGGAUUCAGUCCCGUCGGAAGUCCGAGACUGGUUGGCUUCUACCUUCACACGGAAAAUGGGGAUGAUGAAAAAGAAAUCUGAGGAAAAACCUAAGUUUAGGAGCAUUGUGCAUGCUGUUCAAGCUGGAAUUUUUGUGGAAAGAAUGUACAGAAAGUCCUAUCACAUGGUUGGUUUGGCAUACCCAGAAGCUGUCAUAGUAACAUUAAAGGAUGUUGAUAAAUGGUCUUUUGAUGUAUUCGCCUUAAAUGAAGCAAGUGGAGAACACAGUCUGAAGUUUAUGAUUUAUGAACUGUUUACCAGAUACGAUCUUAUCAACCGUUUCAAGAUUCCUGUUUCUUGCCUAAUUUCCUUUGCAGAAGCUUUAGAAGUUGGUUACAGCAAGUACAAAAAUCCUUAUCACAAUUUGAUUCACGCAGCUGACGUCACUCAAACUGUGCAUUACAUAAUGCUUCAUACAGGUAUCAUGCACUGGCUCACUGAACUGGAAAUUUUAGCAACGGUCUUUGCCGCUGCCAUUCAUGAUUACGAGCAUACGGGAACCACAAACAACUUUCAUAUUCAGACAAGGUCAGAUGUUGCCAUUUUGUAUAACGAUCGCUCUGUCCUUGAGAAUCACCAUGUGAGCGCAGCUUAUCGACUUAUGCAAGAAGAAGAAAUGAAUGUCUUGGUCAAUUUAUCCAAAGAUGACUGGAGGGAUCUUCGGAACCUAGUGAUUGAAAUGGUUUUGUCUACAGACAUGUCAGGUCACUUCCAGCAAAUUAAAAAUAUAAGAAACAGUUUGCAGCAGCCUGAAGGAAUCGACAGAGCCAAAACCAUGUCCCUGAUUCUCCAUGCGGCAGACAUCAGCCACCCAGCCAAGUGCUGGCAGCUGCACUACCGGUGGACCAUGGCCCUGAUGGAGGAGUUUUUCCUGCAGGGAGAUAAAGAAGCUGAAUUAGGGCUCCCAUUUUCCCCACUUUGUGAUCGGAAGUCAACGAUGGUGGCCCAGUCACAAAUAGGUUUCAUUGAUUUCAUAGUAGAGCCAACAUUUUCUCUUCUGACUGACUCAACAGAGAAAAUUAUUAUUCCUCUUAUAGAGGAAGCCUCAAAAACCGAAAAUCCUUCCUAUGGAGCAAGCAGACGAUCAAAUAUGAAAGGCACCGUGAACGAUGGAACCUACUCCCCAGACUACUCCCUCGCCAGCGUGGACCUGAAGAGCUUCAAAAACAACCUGGUGGAUAUCAUACAACAGAACAAAGAGAGGUGGAAAGAGUUAGCUGCACAAGGAGAACCUGAUCUUCAUAAGAACUCAGAAGAUCUAGUAAAUGCCGAAGAAAAACAUGCUCAUAUGCAUUCAUAG